ACAGACAAACUUGAACAUCAUAGGCCCUCCAGGCAAGUAAAAGCGUGGAAUUGCGUUCCGGCCGCGCGCCUUCCUGCACUCUGGUUCUAUACCAUACCGAUUGCAUCUUUGCACUUGCGUGCCAAGACUGCGCUCUAAUUCAAUUAGGGUGAUGCGGGGCCUCGCCGCCGCGUGGGGGAGCGCUCCAGCCUGCCCCCCGGCGCAACUCGCAACCACACUUACACCGGGUCCUGGUGGGGCCAGCCUUCAAGCGGCUCUGGGCCCAGCUCGGCUAAAGCCCCUUACCCGAUGCCUAGUGGCUACUGCUGCGGGGAGGCAAGGCCCGGGGCCGUCGCAAGCGCCUCAAGGCGCGGACCCGGCUGGCCGUCCGGCAGCAACCCGCUGGGAGCCACGGCGGCAGCCGUCCACACGACCGCCGCGCGGCGUUGUAGACAGCCUUGAUGAUUCUCCCAGCACCAGCGCCAGCACCAGCACCAGUCACAGCACUCGUGGCAACGCUGGCGGCAGUGCUCGCAGCUACAGUGCUGCUGGCAGCGGCAGGCGGGCCGGCGGCGGGCGCGCUGUCGACGGCAGCGACCAAACAGGCGGCGCGGCGCGGUCUGGGCCUCCGCCGCCGGAGGACCACGAUCCUCUCGGCCGCCGCAGCAGUGACAGAUUCGGUACCCGUGGCGCCGGUGCGCGCCAAGAAGACAACGACAUGGACGAUGCUUCCAACGACACGUGGUCGACACCGGGAUCACGAGGGCCGCCCCUGCCUGAGGUGGAGCUCAUAAGCUCCGCUGCCAACGCCUUCGUGAAGCACUGCGUGCGCCUGCGCACCAGCGGCGCCUACAGGCGGGAGUGCGGCCGCGCACUGCUGGUGGGCGAGGAGCUCAUCGCGGAGGCGGCAGGAAGCUCCGGGGCUCUGGCGGCGCGGGUGCUGCUGCUUGCGGAGGGGGCGGCGCCGCCGCGUGGCGUGGAGGUGGCGGCCAGCCGAGUGGUCCGUGUCAGUGAGGCAGUCAUGAAGAAGGUGACGGGUCUGGACAACGCGGCAGGCGUGACGGCGGCGGCGGAGCUGGACAUGCCGCCGCAGCUCAGCCUGCGACAGCUGCUGCAGCAGGCCGCCGCCACCUCAACCUCAACCUCCACCACAACCUCAACCUCCACCACCACCUCAGCUGCUCCCAGCACCGCCACCUCACGCGCGGUGCGGCUGCUGGUGUUGGACGGGGUUCAGGACCCGGGCAACCUGGGAACCCUGGUUCGAUCCGCGCUGGCCUUUGGCUGGCACGGCCUGUUCCUGCUGCCUGGCUGCUGCGACCCGCUCAACGACAAGGCCGUGCGCGCGUCGCGCGGGGCUGUGCUGCGGCUGCCGGUGGCUGCCGGGCAGCUGCGGGAGCUGCAGGAAGCUGCGGAGGAGCUGGGGCUGCUGCUGCUGUGCGCUGACAUGGAGGAGGAGGCGGAGGAGGGCGGGGUAGGGGCGGCGGGCAGCGGCGACAGCGGCAGAAGUGCCAGCAGCAGUGCUAGCAGCAGUGCUAGCAGCAGUGGCGGUGAUGGCGGACCGGGCAAGGAGCGGGGGCUGCUUGAAUCGGGCGGGCUGUUGCCGCUGCUCGAGGCAAACGCAGGAGCUCCGGCGGCGGCGGCCACGGAUCCCGGCAGUAGCAGUAGUGGUAGCGGCAGUGGCUGUAGCGGCGGCGUGGCGCUGGUGCUGGGCAGUGAGGGGCAGGGGCUGUCGGGGGCGGUGCGAGCGCUGUGCAGUCCUGUGGCUGUGCCCAUGACCCCGGGGGCCAUGGAGUCGCUCAAUGUGGGUGUGGCGGGCUCGCUGCUCAUGUUUGCGCUGAGCCCGGGCCCGCCGCGGCUGUUUGCGCGCCUGGCGGAUAAGCUGCGGCAGCGUGCGGGGGCGGGUCAGGCAUAGUGGCGACAGCUAAGUGCGCUUACGUCUU